UCGACGUAAACCGGUACUUAAACCGGUACUUAAAGCCGCGAUGAUCGUCACGGCAGUUUGCUGAAAUCUCGCGAUAUUUCCGGGAUCUCGCCUGAUCUUGCGAAGCGCGGUUGCACAUCAUUCCCGAGGAGACGACGACGUCUGGGUGGAGGGUCUCGAGAUGGCUGAUGGUGAUAUGGAGCUUCGGUGAGAAUGGAACUGUCCAAACCAGACAAAAUGGGCAAGACAAGGCUGUUCCGCAUCUUUCUCAUCCUGGGCUCUGUCUUCAUGAUCCUGCUGAUCAUCAUCUACUGGGACGACGUGGGAGCCACACAUUUUUACCUCCACACAACCAUAUCCGGACCUCAUUCUUCCCGCCUCCCACCCGAGAGUAAUGCCGCUUCCAAAAACAAAGCUGAGGAGGACAAGGAAGGCUCGUUCCUGGCCGACAUCGACGCGUUCGUCAACCAGUUUCUGGAAGGCACGGCCGACCCUACGGAGCAAGUGAGAGCCGAGACGCCACCUGGCGACACUCGUAACCAAUCCUCAGAAAAACCAGAAGAAAGAUUCAUCCCCAGGCGCGAGUGGAAGAUCCACCUGACCCCGAUCGCCGCAGAGAAGAAGCAAAGGCAGGACAGUAGGAAGCAGCUGAUCCGUGACCUUUGCAGCAGCAACAGCAGCUUCGACUUCCCAGGCAAGAACCGGAGGUUCGAUGACAUCCCCAACAAGGAGCUGGACCACCUGAUUGUAGACGACCGACACGGGAUCAUCUACUGCUACGUUCCCAAGGUGGCAUGCACCAACUGGAAGCGCAUCAUGAUCGUGCUCAGCGAGAGCCUGCUGGUGAACGGCGCACCCUACCAGGACCCUCUGGACAUCCCUGUCGAACUCAUCCACAACAGCAGCGUGCACUUUACCUUCAACAAGUUCUGGAAGCGCUACGGGAAGUUCUCUCGGCAUCUGAUGAAAAUCAAGCUGAAGAAGUACACUAAGUUCCUGUUCAUCCGAGACCCUUUUGUCCGUCUCAUCUCGGCCUACCGCAACAAGUUCGAGCUGGAGAACGAGGACUUCUACAAGCGAUUCGCCAUGGUAAUGCUGAAAAGAUACGGCAACUACGUCGACCCUCCGGCGUCGGUGGCGGACGCUUUCGCCGCCGGAAUCAAACCCACGUUUUCGAACUUUAUUCAGUAUCUGUUAGAUCCGGACACAGAGAAAGAAAUGCCGUUUAACGAGCACUGGAGGCAGAUGCACCGCUUGUGCCACCCUUGCCAGAUCAAUUAUGACUUUGUGGGAAAACUGGAGACGUUGGACGAGGACGCCGAGCAUUUGUUACGGAUCCUGCGCGUGGACAACGUCGUCCAGUUCCCAGCGAGUCAUCACAACAGGACAGUCAGCAGCUGGGAGCAGGACUGGUUCGCCAACAUACCAUACGAAUCACGCAGACAGUUGUACAAGCUCUACGAAGCUGACUUCAGACUGUUCGGCUAUCCUAAACCCGAGAAGCUUUUACACGAGUGAAAAUUUGUUUCCGGUCAGCAAAGUAGUCUCUUGCUGUGAUUUAUUUAACUGUAAUUCAUUCAGUUAAUGGAUAGAGGUUUUAUUCAUUCAAUUUGAUUCCUAUUCCUUUAUUUCUAUGGGCAAUGCUCCGGUUUUGCUUAUCGCACAGGUAUUAUAAAAGGUUCAUUAGAACAUUAUUAAGAGUGUUAAAAGUAUUCAGAGUGCUGUAUACAGAUUCAUACUUUAUACCU